AUUAUAAGCGCAUGCCAUUCAUCGUACAUUAAUGAACGCACGACACGUGAGUGAGUGCAGAGAGCAUCGAAAGAACGGAGCAAACACAGUUCAAACGUUUUGGGCUUCUCUGUCAAUUCCUAUAAAGUGAAAAGUUGACCGCUGUAAAAGUGAUUCGGUGCUGGUGUGUGGAAAGUAAACACGUUCCGCGAUAUCAGCUUCUUGCGUGUAGACAAGAUAGCGAGUGUUCAGUUCGGUACCACGAGCAGCAUUUGUUGAGCUCCCGUCCUAGUAGCGCUUAUCCAUACUGAACUAGAUUCCAGAGGAACGGUGCAGUUUACCUCACCAGUAACCAGUUUUAAGAAUUAAGCCAGUCGUCCAUGCUGCUGCUAGUGCUGUGAUUGUAGAAAACUAUUAUGUGUUAUGAAACAAGACUUGUAAACUGAAAUUUCAGAAGUUCAACGUUGAGGGCAGAAUGAAUCAGUAAUGACAGAUGGAGGAAUUUGAAGUGCUCCACUAGCAACUAGCUGAAACCCGUUCAAUAGCAGAUACUUUCGGCUGGGGUACUUAGAAGUAGAGAUUCACAAAGAGGAGCAUUAGAGAAGAAGAGAUUUAGUCGAAAAACAGCAGCCGCUCGUAAGACGUUCGGUAUGGCUCUCAAAACAAAUGCGGCCGAGCUCGGACUAACGGAAGAAGACGUUGAGGUGAUUGUAAAGCGUUAUCUCCAGGAGAAACGUGACAAAUAUAAUGCCAAGUUCAGGUUACUGUCGUAUGAAAUUAAACGGUUAAGUGAAGAACCAAUUGGGUAUCUGGGCGAUCAUUACUAUUUAAAUGUGGUGUUGCGGGAAAAAAUGGUGCACUAUUCGGAGGAAGAAGAGGAGUACGCGGAGGAAGAAUAUCUCAGCUUUUUUAUGAAGAUACUGCCUGAGCAGGUACCGAAACUGGCUGAUUACGUGCGGGAAAUGGGAUGUUUUAGGAAGGAAAUUCAACUCUUCACUCAUCUGAUACCGCGGCUACAAGAUGUAACGAUCGGAAUUAAACCUUUCGCUCCCAGAGCAUACCUAACCAAGGAUGAGAGGCUACUUGUUUUCGAAAAUCUUAGUGCCGAAGGUUAUCGGAUGGUGAAAAAUAACAAAAGUUUGUUAGACUUCGCCCAUCUGGAAAUAGCGCUCAAAGCGGUAGCUAAAUUGCAUGCUGCCUCUUUGGUAUUAGAAGAGCGAACAAAACAACCCAUCACAAAGCUUUACUGCGGUCACCUGAACGAAAACGUCUACAUAGAUGACGAUAAAUAUGUGCGGAAAACUAAUUUAGAAAAUGCUAUCAAAGCUUUAAGUGAAUUAAUCAAACGAAUAGACAAAUAUAAAAACUCAGACCGGUUGGAUUUUAUCCUAGAAAAAUUCCCACAUGUGAUUAGAAAAAUUUAUGACUUUGCUAAGCCGUCGACGGUCUACAGGAAUGUGUUCAACCAUGGAGACUUGUGGAACAACAAUCUAAUGUUUAAAUACGAAGAAGCGGAUAAGUCAGCAGUAAACAGUGAUCCAGGUCCGGCAGAAGCUGGUGCUGACGGGCAGCAGCAGCAGUACGUCAUAGGCGAACGACGUCGUCGAAAACGUUCUUCCGUUGUUCGACCGAAUCCGUUCGAUUUUCAAAAUGUACCAAUGAGAGAUGGAAGUAUACCAGCAAAUUGUGUCAUGAUUGACUUCCAAAUAGCCCGCUAUUCGCCACCAGCGUACGAUGUCAUGUCCCUACUGAACACAACCACGACCAGUGCGUUUCGGGCGGUUUAUCAGGAACGAAUCGUUGAACUGUACUACGAAUUUCUGUGCAGCGAACUGGAAUGGUUUCAGAUCGACGUGGAAGAGGUUUUUCCCGGGGAUCACUAUCAUGAGUCUUGCGAAGAGUAUAAACUGGCUGGGCUGAUUGAUAGCAUUUUGUUCCGGCAUUUAACUUUGCUUCCGAGUGAGUUGGUUUCUGAGUGCAAAGAGUGUCCUAUUCCGAUUUCGUUCGAUAACUUAAUGGAAAAUUCCAUCUCCUGGCUUAGUACUACCGCGUGGGACACUUGCGGAAGCUAUCGAUACGUGAUGGAGGACCUGCUAGCCGAUCUAGUGGAAAGCUACAUUCUAGAUGGGCAAGCGGAGAUUACCCAUCUUGCUUUGGAAUUUGCUGGUAAUGCAAAGUCACACUGUAAAGACCUUAUGUUACCGAUCACGAAAAAGAUUUAUGACCGAUGUGCCCGGAUAUCUUCUUUCGUCGCUUCUUGUAUACCAUCAGAAUUAAGUUACUUGACAUUUAUCUUAUCUCAUAAUAUGAUGAAAAGUCCUAUUAAAGGUUUCAUCACCCAGUGUUUCAUAUGCACAACUUGUGGUUCCAUUUUAACGAUGGACGCUACUGGCCUCAGUAUAACUGGAACGGACAUUCAGGUAAUCGUAGAACGAUACAUCCAAGAGAAAGGUGGAGAAUGUCCCUCCAAGUAUCGAAUACUAGCGCGCCAUGUGAAACGUUUAAGUGCCGAAACGCCGGUUGGAUAUCUAGGGGAUCAUUACAUCCUUGAUUUGGUGCUGCGGGAAGACCACGGACAAGAGCAAACCAUUAGCUUUUUCGUGAAGAUAUUGCCUGAACAUGUUCCCAAGCUUGCCGACUACGUGCAUGAAAUGGGCUGCUUUCAAAAGGAAAUUCAACUCUACAAUCAGUUGAUACCGAAGCUGCAGGAUAUAAUGAAAAACAGUGAACCUUUCGCUCCCCGGGCGUAUCACACUCAAGACGGCAAAUCAUUGAUUUUCGAAAAUCUACGAAACAAAGACUACCGAAUGGUUGAAAACAAGAAAAAUUUGCUGGAUCUCCAACAUAUGCAAGUGGCUUUGGAAGCGGUUGCCAAAUUACAUGCGGCCUCCUUAAUACUCGAGAGCAGUGCCAAGCAGUGCGUCACUAAACUCUAUCUGGGUGUUUUGGAUGAAAAUGCGUACCUCGAUGAGGAUAACUACGUACGGAAGACGAAUCUGGAUAAUGCAAUCGCCGCUAUGAGUGAACUUAUCAAGCGUAUAGAAGCAUACCGUAGCUCCGAGAAAUUGGAGUUCAUUCUCCAACAGUUUCCGCAGGUCAUCAGGAAAAUUUAUCAUUUUGCGAAGCCAUCGAACGUUUACAGGAAUGUCUUCAAUCAUGGCGACUUGUGGAACAACAAUAUCAUGUUUAAGUACGAGAAAUCCGAUCAGUCGUUUGUGAAUGGCGAUAAAGACGAACCUUGGCAACCGACCUCCGCCAUUCUGUUGGAUUAUCAACUUUCGCGUUACGCGCCGCCUGCGCUGGACAUUCUCACUCUGAUUAUGCUAGGUUGCACAAGCGAAUUUCGGACCCAGCACCUGGUCACCUUACUCGAUGCCUACUACGCCGCGCUGGCAGCAAGCGUAGCCGCCCAUAACCUAAACUUGGAAAAUAUCCUAUCACGCCAGGAGUACGAAGCAUCCUGCGAGCACUAUCACCUAGCGGGACUAAUAGAAAACGUCCUCUUCAGCCACAUGAUACUGAUUCCGGGGGAACUGGUCCGGCCGCUGAUGAGUUCAUCCGAUUCGUUCGAUGACUUCAUCCGCAAUGGCAGCGCGAAGGUGCAGCUGUGUGUCAAAGCGUUCGAACAGGACGAAACAUAUCGCGUUCGUCUUACCGAUGGGCUGUCGGAGAUAAUCGACAAGUACAUUCUCUGAUUUAAUCAGCGUCGUUGUAUAAUUUAUGCGUUCCGAUUGAAAUUAGUACAAUAAAACAUGUGCCUUGUCACAACAGUUACAGUGA